AUGCCCGUCCACUCCCGGGACAAGAAAGACAAUAAUCAAGACGAAAUGGAGGUGGAUUAUCCCGAACAAGACGGCAGCAGCACGGACGAGGAGGACACGGUCAGCUCCUCUGUGUCUGAAGAUGGAGACACUUCAGAAAUGGACGAUGAAGACUGCGAGAGGCGGAGGAUGGAGUGUCUGGAUGAGAUGACCACAUUAGAAAAGCAGUUCACAGACUUGAAAGAGCAGCUUUACAAGGAGCGUCUGAGCCAGGUGGACAUUAAGCUGCAGGAGGUGAUGGCUGGCUGUGCUCAGGAAUACCUGGAGCCAUUAGCCAACCUGCAAGAGAACAUGCAGAUCCGGACUAAAGUGGCAGGAAUCUACAGGGAGUUGUGUUUGGAAUCGGUCAAGAACAAAUACGAGUGUGAGAUCCAGGCCGCCUGCCAGCACUGGGAGAGCGAGAAGAUGCUGCUGUUUGACACGGUGCAGAGCGAGCUGGAGGAGAAGAUCAGACGACUGGAGGAAGACAGACACAGUAUUGACAUAACCUCAGAGCUGUGGAGCGAUGGCCUGCACUCACGGAAGAACAAGAAGAAGGACCCGUUCUGCCCCGUCAAAAAGAAGAAGCCCGUGGUCGUCUCUGGCCCGUAUAUUGUUUACAUGCUGCAAGACCUGGACAUACUUGAAGACUGGACCGCGAUAAGAAAGGCCGUGGCGUCGCUGGGUCCGCACAGAGUAAAGGUGGACAGCGUCCCCGCGGCGAAGGCUGACAGACAUCACCAUGUGGCGCGCUCGGAGGACGGCAGGCUGUUCUAUGACAACCAGUGGUACGGCAGAGGACAGGCCAUCUGCAUCAACCGCAAGGACGACUACCCCACCAGCGCCGUCAUCACCACCAUCAACAACGACGAGGUUUGGUUCAAGCGUCUAGACGGGACCAAGUCGAAGCUGUACGUGUCGCAGCUGCAGAAAGGCAAAUACACCAUCAAGCACUCUUAA